AUGGCUGAUAACAACGAUGACAACGACGAUGGUGCCAAGUUAGGAGAGAGCGAGGCAGUGAAAUUAGUUGGCGGAUCUCAAGUAGGAACGCCAUUGGCCAAUGUGAAAUUAGUCAAGGAGCUAUUGCAGUCUGGAACCGCUUUAAAUUCGGAUGCAAACAAUCAAGUACCUUUGAUAGCAAACGAUCAAAGUUUAUUACAAAAGAGUCCACCGUUAGUACAGACCACAAUGAUACAACCACAACAGCUUGUACAACAACAAUUACUACAGCAACAGCAACAACAACAACAAUAUCAAAAACAACAACAACAGAACCUCAACAGCAUUUUACCACAACUAACUUCAUCAGAAAUGCCACUUAGUGGCAACCAGAAACUUACACCACCACUGCUUAAAAGUGCUUCGAUAAAUCCAUCUUUAACAAAUGAAGAUGCGUCAACUGAAAGUCUCUUAACUCUUCCGUCCGUAGCCUUCAACCCUUCCUCAUUAAGCCAAGCUCUGUUGGGAACUGAAAAAGUUCAGCGACAACAGGCUGGAAAAGCGGAAAACGUGCAUAGGCUUAGCCUGGAGAAUGGGCCUGGACCAAGUUCACCUCUGUUUGGCGCCCUGUCAACACUUCCGGUUCAAGAUUCGUACUCCACCAAUAAAAUUGCUUCUUCCCACGAAAACGCAGGAUUGACGUCAUCACGUCCGUUAGUGUCACCUCCGGUCGCAGACGUUUUCAAGGCAACCCAGUUCCAGUCCCCCAUGGAGCUGUCUCAGUUUCAAUUCCCCAUGGAUCUUGACUCUCCAGCUCGAAAGACCAACUGGUUUGGUUUCCCGCCGGCAGGUGUGGCCAAUAAAAAGUCGCCUUUCGAAGAAUACAAGUAUGAUUUCAACGAUAAAGAAGGUAAUUUGAAAGAUAUAGUUCUUUUACCCAGAGGAGUAAGGGACUACCUGCCUAAAAUUUAGAUGAUUUAGACAAUUAACCACCUACAGGGACGUUGUCUCUUGGGGAUGUGGGGUGUGUAACCUCUCCCCUCUCUGGUCAAAGUUGCAGAUCAAACUUGGCAAAAGUUUGUUAAAGUUUGGGAACAAAAUUGGUAAAAUUUGGUCAAAGUUUGAAAUAAGACACCGUCGACAACAUACUUGGACGAAAAUUUUUUAGGAGUUGGUCAAAAUUCUAUAGGAAAAUUUGGUUAAAACAAGACGACAUCCCUAUCCUCCCCGCUCACUCCAAAAUGUUGACGCCUUCGCGACGUCUCUGACAACCUAACAAACGAAACUGAUUCCUCGAAAAUGUUAACUUUUGUGCUUUAGCUGAAGUAGAAAACAUGUCCUUGGGGGCAGUGGCUUGUUUUAUCAAUGUUGUAAUAGGUAUCAAUGUACGUACAUCAUAAUGUGCAUAAGAAGCCAUCAUAAAAUUAAAUUUUGUGUGAUUAGAGUAGCAUAAGGCGGACCAAACUGCCUUGUCUGUUCAAGGAAGGUUUGAAUUUGGAAAUGAGAAUUAGUAUGACUUUAAAAUUCGUUCAUCUUAUAAGAGGAAACGUCAAUUUAUAAAUAAAUAUUUUGUAAAUUUUAAUUUCGUGGUGAUUCUUUUACGCACACUAUGUUGGGCUUAAUAAGAUCACGAUUUCCGACUGAUUCAUCUUUCACAACUAUUUUCAGACAUUAUUCUUUAUUUUCAGGACCAUUUGUAAUGGCAUGCAAGGAUCUUUCGGAUGAAUGCGGUUCCUACGCGACCGAGGGAGGUUGUGACGAUUUCGCUCCACUCUCGUCAAUCGGAGAGAUAAAGACAAUGUGUAAGAAGUCAUGUGGAUUUUGUGGAUC